AUUAGUUUUUUUUAUGAGUCUUGUGAUUAUUGUUUUUCAUUAGUAUUUUUCGAUUGUUAAACAUAACUAGAAUCGUAGAAGAAAAGAGAGACAUAGAAUAUGAGAGAAAUAAUAAGCAUUCAUAUUGGGCAAGCUGGAAUUCAGGUUGGUAAUUCAUGUUGGGAGCUAUAUUGCCUUGAACAUGGCAUUCAACCUGAUGGAACAAUGCCCAGUGAUGGUUCAAAUGAUGCACAUGAUGCUUUCAACACCUUCUUCAGUGAAAUUGGAACUGGCCAAUAUGUCCCAAGGGCAUUAUUUGUUGAUCUGGAGCCUAGUGUAAUUGAUGAAAUAAGAUGUGGUCCUUACAAACAACUCUUUCAUCCAGAGCAAUUAAUGUCUGGCAAGGAAGAUGCUGCUAAUAACUUUGCAAGGGGACAUUACACAGUUGGAAAAGAAAUUGAAGAGCUGUGCCUUGACCGUAUCAGGAAGUUAGCCGACAAUUGCACUGGCUUGCAAGGAUUCUUGGUUUUCAAUGCUGUUGGUGGUGGCACUGGUUCUGGCUUGGGGUCAUUGCUUUUGGAACGUUUGUCUGUAGAUUAUGGGAAGAAGUCAAAGCUUGGCUUCAUCAUUUAUCCUUCUCCUCAGGUAUCUACUGCAGUUGUUGAACCAUACAAUACUGUUCUUUCCAAUCACUCUCUUAUUGAACACAGUGAUGUAGUUGUGCUCUUGGACAAUGAAGCAAUAUAUGACAUCUGCAGAAGAUCACUAGAAUUAGAAAGGCCAAAUUACACCAACUUGAACCGCUUGAUAUCUCAAAUCAUCUCUUCUUUAACCACUUCCUUGAGAUUUGAUGGUGCAAUCAAUGUGGACAUUUCUGAGUUCCAAACCAACCUUGUGCCAUAUCCGCGCAUCCAUUUCAUGCUUUCUUCUUAUGCCCCUGUGAUAUCUGCUGCGAAGGCCUACCAUGAGCAGCUGUCAGUGCCUGAGAUCACCAGAGCUGUGUUUGAGCCAUCAAGCAUGAUGGUCAAGUGUGAUCCAAGACAUGGCAAGUACAUGGCAUGCUGCCUCAUGUAUCGUGGGGAUGUUUUUCCAAAAGAUGUAAACCUUGCUGUCUCAAAUAUCAAGACAAAGAGACAAGUUCAAUUUGUUGACUGGUGCCCUACUGGUUUCAAGUGUGGUAUCAACUACCAGGCUCCAACAGUGGUACCAGAAGGUGAUCUUGCCAAGGUGCAAAGAGCAGUUUGUAUGAUAAGCAACAACACAGCUGUGGCAGAGGUUUUCUCUCGCAUUGACCACAAAUUUGACCUCAUGUUUGCCAAAAGGGCCUUUGUGCACUGGUAUGUGAGUGAAGGAAUGGAAGAAGGUGAAUUCUCAGAAGCCAGAGAGGAUCUGGCAGCCCUUGAAAAGGACUAUGAAGAGGUUGGGGAUGAAGGUGUAGAUGAAGAUGAUGUUUAAAGUUGCUGAGAAGUAAUUAAUCAUUUAAUCCUCCUUCACUAGCUAGUAGCUACCUACAUCUUCCUAAGUUUUUAUUAUGACUUUUGCCAUGUAAUGUUGUCCUUGUUCAUUAUUUUUAUGCAUGCAUCUUUUUGUUGUAUGGUGUAACAUUGAUCUUAUGAUUGUUUUAAAUUAAAGUGUUGAGAGAAUUGUUUAAUUCAUGUACAA